GAGCAGUGCAACCAAUUACUGGUGCUUAGAUGCACGACCACUGCACUCAUCAGUAGCUAUUUAGGUACCUAAAAGAGGUAGCAAGCAGCCUAAAGAGCCUUGGAAGCCCCAAUCGGCCCCUGAAGCCUUAGGUGCCCUCUGUACUGACGCCGCCUAGGAUGCUCCAUGCUGCAAGUUCAGCUCUCCGCCCGGCCCUGAUGCACAUUGCCUGCAGGGCUAUUCAAACAACAAGCUCUGAUUCCUCCUUGGGUAGCCCUGGACAUCUCCUAACCAGUCACAUCAAAAGCUACGGGUCUGUUGGGAUGCUUCCAGAGCACUUCCUCACUGCAGUGCCUUAGGCGAGAUGAGGUGCAGUCCCGCCAGCACCCAAGGCAGACGCAUUUCUUAGGCAUCAAGAUGUCCACCUGUGACGACAACGAAGGCGGACUAAGGCCGUGAUAAUGCAGCCAUGUACCAAGUACCUCGCCUAAGAUGCCUAACAGAAGGGGAGCAUGAACAGCCUACUUAGAGGUACCGGUAAGAACCUGCACAGGUACCUUUUAUUAUUGCUAGUACUGCUACAAGUACUUCUGCCUGUUGGCAAACUCAACUGUGCUUCUCACAUCAAUCACCUACGAUCCUCAUCCUUUGUCUCAGAGUUCUUUUUGCUCUCGUCAACAUGUUCUGGAUUCGGCAAAAGAUGUCUGAGAGCGACAACAGGGAAAGGCAGUGAGCUAUUCCUACGAUGCCUCGAGUCGCCUGUUGUUGUCGUCCUCCACUGUUGAAGUCCCACCUCCUCUCCACUACUGCAUCUCUGCAGAUGCGUUCUUCCAAGCAGACGGUCGCGGCCACUCAGCUCGAACCGCCCGUCUUCUAUAUAUCCUAUUUGUCGCUUCACCGUUGGGCUCCAAAAUCCUUGAUUUCUUCAAGCUCAAUUGGCACUUCUCGUCACCCGAUCCUUCUUCCAUCCUCCCGGGCUCAUCGUGCUUCAAGUCCACAGCCGCUAGCCUUCAGGUUGGAAUUGAUGCCCAAACCAAGAUCUAAUGACGAGCUGCAACUUAAUGCUUGGAUGCAGCACCGCCCGAUGGUGUGACGUGGUCGGAGAUUUCAGAAGUGACGGGCGCUAUGCAGUCGUCCAAAGUCACCUGUGACAUAUUAUCGUCUCAGGUUGCGCAAUGAAAGACUUCAGAUCUUGCUGGAUGAAGUCACCAGACUGGAGGAAAUCCUGCUCAGGUCCGCUUUUGUCGUGCUUGGAGCCUCGUUGUCGCACACCGCCAAUCCUUUCUACCCCCUUUCCCCUAGCAUUUGCGGUGAAGCCAAACUAUCCCUCCCGAUCCUCGGAGGGAUCCGUGGCGUUGGCACCAUGCUGCCUCAUGGCUAUGGCUUGUUUAGCGAAUGCUUCGGAUCACAACCGUAUCCCAGCCGGCUUCGGAACUCGUGCUACAGCGCACGAGUUCGGGAAACAACGGGAAGUCGUGGACAUGGCUGAAUACGGCUACCAGGUUCUUACCCUGCUCUAAACUGGGUAUUCGUGUCACCGCCCAGCGAACUUCGAACGUACGACAUCCUCGGUGAGCCGGGAAAUAUCACCCUAUUGUUCAUUGCUUUGGCCUACUACUACAGAAUACCGAUUUGAUUCCGUCUGCCAUUGCCUACCGAAGGUAAACGCUGCCAUUGUCUGGCCGCCUCUGUCGCAUUGUCUCGUUGCCUGUCUAUGACUUCAAGAGGUAGGGACUCGGCUCCCUGGAAGAAUGAGUGGUUGAUUGUCAAGCUACAUUGCUGCGUUCUAUAUCUUCGUGCCAGGCUUCUCCGCGGAUUUUCUGUCGUGGCAGCCGCACUAAUCUCUAUCUUGCCCCUUUCACCACACCGCCUUUUUUUCAUCGCUCGGAAAGGCGGCCAUGGAUCUUGAGAAGAAAGCGCGUUUAUCCGCUUCGGAGCGUCGAACAGUCAACAUGCACACGCGCCGGUUGCAGCGGCAACGGAACCAGCUCACCUGCGGAUUCUCAACAAGCAGACAGUUAUAUCAAGAGGGUUUAACAGAGCUAAGGACACAAUGAGUGGUAAGUGGUUUGUGGCUCCGGGCGAUUUGAUCACUCUCGCCCUGCAUCAACAACAGCUGGAACUCGGAUGGUGAAUGCAAUCGAUUACCACCCGUAUCACUCUCGUACCUAUUGAGACGGGUGUUUUCUCCGACUUGAAGGUCUUGAUUGCGUGCGCCUGAGCAAGGCUGCCAUGCGAGCCUUCGAUGGAUGUGGGCCCCCGACAGGCAGGUAGCCCGGUAUCCAUGGCUGAGCUUGUGUUGUGGCGCGUUUCUCAUUGCUCAAAAGGACAUGCCAAGCUCUGAUCGGAUUGUCUACCUGGGUAAGCAGUGAGUGAAACACAACAGAUCAUAAUCUUGCUGGUCGCAAGAUGUUCACGGGUCCCUGAGCCCCCUGGCGUCCAUGCUGUUUCUGCCUGCCGGUUACGAAGCGGCCGAAGGCACAAAACGUGAUCUCCAGGUGACUUUUUAAAUACUAGUCCUACCAUAAAUUGGGUUUGGACGGUAAGAUGAGUAUCAAUUUGUCAUUCAAGUUGUGCUUUCUGGACCCCUGCAUCGCCUACUAUUGUUCCCUGGGUAUAAAGCUGGAAAAAACGAGGAAUCUGCAACUUCUUAGUCUUGGAUUGUCUUUAUCAACCACUGCAUGACAAGCCACAUAACAGUCGUGACCAUGUAAAAGGAACCUCAAGGUCGUUACGGUGGUAGGAAAUGUUGUGAAGAUCAGAAUGAGAUAUCAGGAAUUUAUUCAUUGUCGAUUUUAGUCUUUGAUAACUCCCUAUCUGCCCCUAAUAUGCCAAACGCCAAUGUGAAACGCCUGUCCC